AUGCCGCCUCUACCUGGCCUGUCCUAUCGCUGGCUCCUCAACGAGUUCCCCAACUUCAUCCCGACGGACGGGCGUCACUUCGUGUCCCAGACCACGGGGAACCUGUACAUUGCCCGGACCAACGCUUCAGACCUGGGCAACUACUCCUGCCUGGCCACCAGCCACAUGGACUUCUCCACCAAGAGCGUCUUCAGCAAGUUCGCUCAGCUCAACCUGGCUGCUGAAGACACCAGGCUCUUCGCACCCAGCAUCAAGGCUCGGUUCCCAGCAGAGACCUAUGCGCUGGUAGGGCAGCAGGUCACCCUGGAGUGCUUCGCCUUCGGGAACCCCGUCCCCCAGAUCAAGUGGCGCAAAGUGGACGGCUCCUUGUCCCCCCAGUGGGCCACCGCCGAGCCCACCCUGCAGAUCCCCAGCGUCAGCUUCGAGGACGAGGGCACCUAUGAGUGUGAGGCGGAGAACUCCAAGGGCCGCGACACCGUCCAGGGCCGCAUCAUCGUGCAGGCUCAGCCCGAGUGGCUGAAGGUGAUCUCAGACAUGGAGGCUGACAUCGGUUCCAACCUGCGUUGGGGCUGUGCAGCGGCCGGCAAGCCCCGGCCCACGGUGCGCUGGCUGCGGAACGGGGAGCCUCUGGCCUCCCAGUCCCGUGUCGAGGUGCUGGCUGGGGACCUGCGCUUCUCCAAGCUGAGCCUGGAGGACUCGGGCAUGUACCAGUGUGUGGCGGAGAACAAGCAUGGCACCAUCUAUGCCAGUGCCGAGCUGGCUGUGCAAGCCCUGGCCCCCGACUUCAGGCUGAACCCUGUAAAGCGUCUGAUCCCUGCGGCCCGCGGGGGAGAGGUUGCUAUCCCCUGUCAGCCCCGGGCGGCUCCGAAGGCCGUGGUACUCUGGAGCAAAGGCACUGAGAUUUUGGUCAACAGCAGCAGAGUGACUGUAACUCCGGACGGCACCUUGAUCAUAAGAAACAUCAGCCGGUCAGAUGAGGGCAAAUACACCUGCUUCGCUGAGAACUUCAUGGGGAAAGCCAAUAGCACGGGCAUCCUAUCUGUGCGAGAUGCAACCAAGAUCACUCUAGCUCCCUCGAGUGCGGACAUCAACUUGGGAGAUAGCCUGACCCUGCAAUGCCACGCCUCCCAUGACCCCACCAUGGACCUCACCUUCAUCUGGACCCUGGAUGACUUCCCCAUCGACCUCGAUAAGCCUGGGGGUCACUACCGGAGGGCCAGCGCGAAGGAGACAGUUGGGGAUCUGACCAUCCUGAAUGCCCAGCUGCGUCACGGCGGGAAGUACACGUGCAUGGCCCAAACGGUGGUGGACAGUGCGUCCAAGGAGGCCACAGUCCUGGUCCGAGGUCCACCAGGUCCCCCAGGAGGCGUGGUGGUGAGGAACAUUGGCGACACCACCGUCCAGCUCAGCUGGAGCCGAGGUUUCGACAACCACAGCCCCAUUGCCAAGUACACCCUGCAAGCCCGCACUCCACCUGCAGGGAAGUGGAAGCAGGUUCGCACCAAUCCCGCCAACAUCGAGGGCAACGCCGAGACCGCCCAGGUGCUGGGCCUCACGCCCUGGAUGGACUAUGAGUUCCGGGUCUUAGCCAGCAACAUCCUGGGCACCGGGGAGCCCAGUGGGCCCUCUAGCAAAAUCCGGACCAAGGAAGCAGCCCCCUCGGUGGCACCCUCAGGACUCAGCGGAGGGGGUGGAGCCCCCGGAGAGCUCAUCGUCAACUGGACGCCCAUGUCGCGGGAGUACCAGAACGGAGACGGCUUCGGCUACCUGCUGUCCUUCCGCAGGCAGGGCAGCGGCCGCUGGCAAACCGCCCGGGUGCCCGGCGCCCACACCCAGCACUUCGUCUACAGCAACGACAGCGUCCGGCCCUACACGCCCUUCGAGGUCAAGAUCCGCAGCUACAACCGCCGCGGGGAAGGGCCCGAGAGCCUCACGGCGCUGGUGUACUCCGCCGAGGAAGAGCCCAGGGUGGCCCCUACCAAGGUCUGGGCCAAGGGGGUCUCAUCUUCCGAGAUGAACGUGACCUGGGAACCCGUGCAGCAGGACAUGAAUGGCAUCCUCCUGGGGUAUGAGCUCCGCUACUGGAAGGCCGGCGACAAAGAAGCAGCUGCUGACCGAGUGAGGACAGCCGGGCUGGACACCAGUGCCCGAGUCACUGGCCUGCACCCCAACACCAAGUACCACGUGACCGUGCGGGCCUACAACCGGGCAGGCACUGGGCCCGCCAGCCCUUCUGCUGAUGCCACCACCAUGAAGCCCCCCCCACAGCGCCCUCCUGGCAACAUCUCCUGGACUUUCUCAAGCUCCAGUCUUAGUAUCAAGUGGGAUCCUGUGGUUCCUCUCCGAAAUGAGUCUGCAGUCACAGGCUAUAAGAUGCUGUACCAGAAUGACUUACACCCGACUCCCACGCUCCACCUCACCAGCAGGAACUGGAUAGACAUUGCCGUUCCGGAAGACAUCAGCCAUGCCCUGGUGCAGAUUCGGACCACAGGGCCUGGAGGGGAUGGGACCCCAGCAGAAGUCCACAUUGUGAGGAAUGGAGGCACAAGCAUGAUGGUGGAGAACUCUGCAAUCAGCCCGGCCCCACAUCCUGGCACCAUUCUCUCCUCAUUGAUGGUGAUUCUGGUCCUCGCAGGCUACCUGGAGCUCUGAUCUUGGCACCCCUCCCUCUCUGCCACAGCUGGACCGCCGCCUCUGAUGGACACAGCCAGCUGGCCCUGGCCCCUUCCUGAUGCCAAGGUGGCCCAACACAGGGCCUGAGAAUGGCUGGCUUUCAGUACCUAUUUUAAACAGUGCCCUUUUUUGUAGGAGGUAGGAUAUUUCAUAUUCUGCCGCAGGAUAGAACCCGUACAAGGAUUUCUUUUUCUUUAAAUCAAAAGACACCAGGCAGUAACUUCCAUGAUGAUACUGAGCCCUAUGCCUGGGCCCUCUGGGGCGCCUGGACGGAAGGAACAGGCCCACGGGAAGAAGGGGGUUUGAAACACAUAUCGGCACAUCGGGGAAGAUGGCGCUCUGGUCCCGCAGACGCACUCCGCCCCCUGGGAGCAGAGUGCCUGGCCCAGUGGGAACACUGGACACCAAUGGGCUGCAGUAGGACAAAGCAUAAACAUCAACGUCCCUCAGUCUAAGGAUAGAGCCAGACCCAGGACCAAAAACUCCCCUACUUUCCCCAGGGGCCGCACAGCUGGACCCUGACAUUGUCCUCGAUGCCCCCUAGAGGCCCCUGCCACCUACCCAGGUGGCUGAAAACCAGUGCGCCAGAGUCUGAGGCCAGGAGCCUGAGUCCCUGCAGCUUUGGGGGAUGAUACUCCAGACUGCUGAGGGUGGGAGCUCAAAGGGAUUGAGAGGCUGGGACACUGGGUAGAAAGGGGCACCAGACUUGGCCUGAGGCAUAGUCCCAAGGCAGGUGAUGCUGCUGUCUUAGCCAACACUGCCAACCUGACCCUGUCACCCCCAGAGUGACAGAAGCCACCACCGGUGGCCGAGUGACUAAAGGGCUUAUCUUGGGGAGGUCCCCCCACCCCACCAAAACCCAUCCAGCACGGCUCCUCCAGGGUGUAGGCAGGAGAUGGGAGACCGGGCUCAUGCGCCCACCCCCUGCCUCCCGCUGGGCCUGCGGGCCCCGGGCCCGCCGCUCUCCAGCACUGACUCGCACAGCCUGGGGACAGGAGGGCGGCCUCAGUUCUGUGCGUUCUGCAGUCGGGAGUCUUCCCAGAAGGGCCAAGGAUACCUGCGGCCCUACCUGCUCCCAGGAAUGCCCUGGGCCACCUGACCAGACCUGUCGCCCAGGCCACCUCCGACUGCUCUUUUGCAUUUCCCCCGGAGAAAAAGGCAUUAAUAAAUCAUGCGCUCUGGGUACAUUCCCAGUCACGGGACAACAGAGCUGGAGGAGGCUUUCGAGCUCGACCUGCCCUAGCCCCUCACUUUACAGAUGAGGAAACGGAAGAGUGAGGGACUUCCCAAGGUCACACAGCCUGUCCUACCUUCCUAUUCCGGGCUGUCUGUCCAGAGGAAGGGGGCAGCGCUGAAUGGCUAUGGCCUGGUUAAGAAGGUCUUAAGAAAGGUGGUGGGCUAUGACAAUUCUGCUUCAGGAGGUUCAGGUGGGUCAUCGUGGGGUGACCAGCAUGGCUGGGUCCCCGCCCGAGGCAUGGGCCAAUGCCAGGAGACGUCGGUCCUUCGCCUUCCAAGCCGAACUUCUGCUGGGCCCUCGACAUGCAGUGCUGGCUUGAAGCCCCCUGCUGCCCUUACCCUGGCUCCAAGGGGCCAAAGCAAGGACAGGGAUUCCCCAAACCCAGGCAGCAGUGGUGACACAACCAGGAAACCCCAAAGCCCAUGCUCUGACAGGUGGCCCUUCACUUACGGGAGCAGCGAGACAGGCAUCUCGUAAGGGACAGGCCUGUGGAGGACCUCAAAGCCUGGCUUCUGUAGUUUACAGUUAGAGCUCUAUUUUGUUAUGGGUUUUUAACUUUUAAGUCCUGCUCUGUUUUCCUGGGCAGGUUUCUGUUGAUGUUUACCCGCUACAAUUUUGUUAAAAUGUCAGCUCACACCACUUCUCCGGGCCACCGCUGCACCCACCACUCCGGCCCCGGCCCGGGACCGCCUCCCUGGAGCCACUGACCAAACCCUCCUCACCUGCUCCUAUCCAUCCUCCCCUCCCCCUAGGCGAGGUGCUGGGGGCUCAGCUAAGUGACCACAUGCUGAACAGAGACCCCAAAUGGUCUAGCACCCUUCCUGGUCCCCCGUGGCUGGGAUCCCGCCUGUCCCCAGCUCUAUCAGAAAGGGGAUGCUGAGGGUAAAAAACAACAAAAAAAAACCUUCUAAGGCUUAGCUGAGUCUUUCCUCACUGCCUCGGGCUGUGGCAGGGGAAGCAGGAGGACGGGUGUGUAGAUGCUGGGGCGGGAAUGAUGAGCCGCUGUGCACGGGGCCCAACAGGGAGCGGGAGGCUGAGGUCCCUGAGCUUGCUUCAGGCAAAAGGCACUCGUGACUAAGAACCUUAGUUCUAAUGAGGCCCCUUGGCAAAGGGGAGGAGAGCAGACCGUCUGGAAAACCUAGCAAGGGCUUUUAACUAGGAAAACUCAGCCCAGGAAAACCUCACCAGAACUUGUCCGGGGGAUGCAGAGCUGUCUGGAAACUCAUGCACCUGCAGCCUCAGAUGUCAGGCAGAGGACGGAUUCGGGUUCAGUAAGACAGUGGGUGACUGCAGGACAUGCAAGCGCAUAAAAUAGAAUAGCCCCCAGCUGAGGUGGCUUACACAGAAGAGCCCCUUCCUGCCCGGGGGCCUCUGAUUUCCACCUUCUCUGCUCACACAGGCUGAGUCUCGCCCCUGCUGUGGUCAGUACUCGAUUCUGGAUCUCUCCUCUCCCACACACCAAGCCCCAGAGGAGGCGACAAGGGGGACAGCCACAAAGAAGUCCUUUACCCACAGCUUAGUGGCCAGUAAGUGCCUUGAGGACUAGGGACAGAGACAGCCUGCAGACACGGCCUCAGGGCUGCGGGGAACGGUCUCUCCUUUCUGCCUACGUUUGGGCUCAGCCUACAGGGGGCCCUCUGCCCCCUGGUCUUGGCUACUUGGUCCUUGUUGCUCUAACAGUCUCGAUGUAUACCUUGCCCUCAGGCAGACAGGAGCUCUCUCCAGCUCGGGUCUUGGGGGCCAGCAAGGUCAGGCUAUCCACUUGCAUUCAGGUCGUCAAAUGACAGAGAUGGGCCGGGGAACGGAAAAGCCAUGAGGAGGGGCUCUUUUUCUUUUGAUAAAAUAACAGAAUCUGAGGUCCAGCAUCAGGAAGAGCUUCUGCAGGGAGAGCCCGGGAUGAGGGAUGAAGAGGCUGCUUCCUCUUCUAGGGGCCUCUGGGGAAUUCUGACAGCUGUCGGUCUGGGGUCUAAGCCCGGUGAAGUCUGGAGGGUGAGGAGAUGCUGUUGAGUGUCCUUGCAGGACCGCGAUUCUGCGGUCAGCACAGGAAGAGUCUUGGCACUCCUUCCCGCCGUGGCCCCUUCCCAUAGGUGUAGUGACCACAGUCACUGUCACCAAGUGGGGAGGCUCACCUCGGGCACUCCUGGGCGGCAGACGGUGCCUCUUGGCAGCCCCAGGGGCCGUGGAGGCUCCUCAGGGCAAGAACCCAAGCUGGCUAAGGAUGUUUCACUCCCUUUCAUCUCCUCCCCACCUAGAGGACUCUCUUUUCUCUUCCUGGCUCAGAAUGUGACCGCCAACCAGAGGGUAGUGCUGGCGGGCUAGGGGUAUCCUCAAACCUGGUUCCGAGGCCCAGGUGUGGUGCCGUUUCCCCAGGUCAGACCUAAGCGGGGCUUCGUCCUGGGAUGAACAAGGUUGCCCGAGAGGCUCCUGGAGGGGUGUGAGGGAUUAGAUGGGCAUCCGUAAGGGACUUCUAAAAGCUGCAUGGGAAGAGGGGCCUGGUAGCUGUAUAUAUGGUCAUAGGCUUUGAGAAGGCAGGAGAAUACAGGGAAACUGGAGAGGGGGGGGAAAUAGGCCAGAUAACUUUGCCUAGAGCCCCAGGGAGCCUCGCGCCCUUCGAUGGGGUGCACCCUGCCCUGGCCCCCAGACUCCAACUUACCCAGCCCCAUCCAGGGCCUGCAGGCUCACAGGCUCACGGCUGGGCGAGGGCUAGGGCUCCAUCAGACCCCCCUGACUCGACCCCGUUCUUGUUGAAAUGGAACCACUUCCACUGGCCUAUUGUUCGUCUCUCUUGUACUUCUGAUGGUAGUUACUUAUUGACUCUGGUAGCAGGCAGUUCUUAAAUAAAGAUGAUUUCUCAACGUGC